AUGGCUCUUCUGUCGGGGCCUUUGCUCCGUGGCUCUCUUCGACGAACCCCCGACGACCACUCGGAUAUUGACGGCCAUGCACCACCAAUGAAAAGGCAGCGCACCCAGUUCGAGCAUCGUCCUCGCCGUCGCAGGAGCUCCCCAGACUGCCUCACUACCACGCAAGAUAUCCCUCCCGUCGCCGCCAAAGCGGCGCGACCGCGCACUUCGACGCGGCGCGCUCGUCGACAAUCCAGCUCUUCUGUCGACACCAUCGCGUCCGUACACCAAUUUCGAACCCCUGGCCAUCCGCGCGUGAAUGGAAAUGGGAGUCUGAAGACCCGAGGCCCUUCUGACAGUGAAACGCCCUCUAUACUGGAUCGCUUGCGCGAUGCACGCGAAUCACCGGACCCGUUGGAUACCAUUUCGCCCGUAGCCAGCACCACUGGCCCAAAGGCACGCCCCAAGCAGCCCUCUCAGGCACUUGGCGCCGAUGUUAAACCCCUGGAAUCCCCAACAGCGCGUCCGCCCCGUCGCCGUGACACAAUCUCAAAAACGGAGCUGGCCAGUCUUGGUACGGAUGAUAGCAACGCCUCACAGCUUGAACAGCCUCUGUUGAGAAGCCCGGCGAGGCCAACGAGGUCACAGCAUACCAAGGGCCAGGAAGUGACUGAAGCUGAGCCAGCUGCUCCGUCGGGUGGCUUAGAGAGACGGUCUUUGCGUUCAACAGACAGCGGCUCUCGAUGUAAGAGUGAGCUGGCUCAAUAUUUCUAUAACUACGAGCAAAUCAUCAGUCUCGAACAGGCUCAGCCUAUUGAAACUUUGGCGGGCAACACAACUAUCAUUCUGGCGGAUGACUUGUCUGAGCCUCUUCCUUUUCCUUCUAACCCGAACCCAACGCCCUUCGGUAAUCCACUUCUAAACCUACAUGAUUGCGAGUCAAUUGAACUCCCGAUAUCUAAAUCACAACCCGCCGUCGAUCCGCUGGGCGAUGAGCUGUAUUUCAAAGCCCACCGCAAAUUUGAGCGCCAGGAGAAACAACUGCGGAACAUUGAGCGCGAUCGUGCACAACAUGAGAAGCAAGCAUUGGAGCGCCUUCUUGAAGAGCUGCGGAGCCCAGAAUGGCUGAGAGUUAUGGGGCUAGUUGGCGUUCAUGAGAGCGACAAGAAGCUUUACGAGCCAAAACGACAAAUCCUCAUCCAAGAACUUGUUGUUCUGGUCAACAAAUUCCAAGCCUGGAAGGAUGAAGAGAAGCGCCGCAGGCUGAUGAAGGAAAAGCCUCACGCUGCCACCGACGCUGAGCAAGAGUCCCGGCGGUCACGUAAGCGCUCAAAGCCUGCCGAAGAAGCAGAAAGCUCUCCUGUCCCUGGGACAGAGACCCCUAGCACGCCAGAUCCUAGCGACGUGGAUGCAUGGGCUGCGCGACAGCUACAUCAGGAGGCUCGCUCAGCGUCGGGCGCGAAAUUGAACAAACCGUUCUCGAGUGCCCAGAAAGCCAAACCGAAAGCCCCGGGCCCAAGCUCUGUAGAAAAGCGCACCCCCAAGACACAGAAACCACCUGCCAAACAACAAAAAACCCUUGAUGCAUUUCUCUCUCGCGCCGUCGACCCUUCCCCUCCUCCCCCGCCACCUGCUGAGGUUGAGGAUGACAUGCAAUGGGAAGGUCGCCCAGCUGCGAUUGAACAGGCCGACCAGUCAGAAACCACACUGGAAUCUGGCUAUUAUAUUCCAGAACCAGAGGAAAGGGAGUAUGCGCCUCCUAGUGAGUACUUAACCGAGGACUUCAUCAAGGCUUCUCGGCGGCACAUGCGCUACUUGAAAAGGCAGAGCAGUGGCUGA